AUGGUGACUCCAGAAGUGCCGUGCCUAUCUAGGUAUCUUGAAGAACUUUCAUUAAAGGAAUUCAGUGCAACCUGUGAAGAGGUACUUAACACUGAUAACAUGAAAAAGUCUGAAGUUUCUGGAAUGGUGGCUAAAGCUGACAUCAACCCAAAAUCUGUAUAUCGUGCCCAAAAAUGGUCAGGCGAUGUGGAGAACUUGUACAGAUUUCAGCAAGCUGGAUACAGAGAUGAGGUUGAAUAUAAACAAGUGAAACAGGUUGAUACGGUAGAGUGUUGGCCAGAAACUGGAUUUGUUAAGAAACUUCAGAGAAGGGACAAUACAUUCUAUUACUACAACAAGAAAAGGGAAUGCGAAGACAAGGAUGUCCACAAAGUGAAAGUUUAUGUGUAUUAG